UAAUAUGUGAAUUCUGAUUGCGUUUUUUUUUUGUGCUUCGGCUUUAAUAAACAAUGUUUACUCAAUGAGAUUUUUAAAUUUAAUUGUUAAAUUAGAAUAAAGUUACCACAAUGGACCAAAGUAAUAGAUCAAGAAGGACUGAUUUAGAUGUGGCUAGUUUUCAAAGUGGAGAACCAGGCUUUGAUAGAGCACGUAUGAGAAGACAAUCUGGAGGUUUUGUAGAUUUAGGAAAUGAAUCACAAUAUGGUACAGGUGGACAUCAAGCUUCAGGGGCAAACGAGAUAUUUGCAGACGUGCAGGGAGAUGUGCCGUGGUGGAAAUCUAAUUUCUUCAUUUCCCAGCCAGUGCUCUUUGGAACAUGGGAUGGGGUAUUUACGUCAUGUCUUAUAAAUAUUUUUGGAGUUAUUGUUUUCUUGAGGUCCGGCUGGAUGGUCGGACAAGCUGGUUUAAUCAAUGCUAUAUUAAUAGUAAUUUUUACAGUUUUUGUAGCUUUGAUCUCAGUAUUGUCUGCUGUGGGAAUUUGUGAAAGAUGCAGAAUUGAAAGUGGUGGUGUGUACUUUUUGCUGGCUCAUACACUGGGAUCCAGAAUGGGUGGUGCAUUGGGAAUGAUUUAUUGUUUUGGGCAAGCUGUAGGAUGUGCUUUAAAUGUGUUUGGUUUUGGGGAAUCAAUGGCGAGUCUGGUUGGCACAGACAACACUUGGGCAGCCCGUGGGUUUGCUGUUUCAGCAGUUCUAUUAUUAGGUACAAUCAAUGUUGCUGGAGUCAAAUGGGUUAUCAAAUUGCAAUUUGUACUACUGCUGAUUAUUUUAGUAGCAGCAUUGGACUUUUUUGUGGGUUCAUUUACUACUGUUCCAAAUGUUGAAUUUAAAGGAUGGCUUGGUGGAACAAUAGCCAAUAACACAUGGGCAGACUACCAGGAUGGAUACACAUGGUUUAAAUGUUUUGGUGUAUUUUUCCCCACUAUAACUGGUAUACUAGCAGGUAUUAACAUGAGUGGCGAUCUGAGAAAUCCUUCCUUAAAUAUACCUAAUGGAUCAUUAGCUGCCAUCAGUACUGGGACUUUUCUGUAUCUUAUGUUUGUCAUAACAUUGGCAGCAACCGUAACAAGGGAGGCUUUGCUUACAAAUUUCUCUAUAACAGCUGACAUGUCUGCAGUCAAAAUUCUACUGCUCGCUGGUUUAUAUGUCAGUUCUAUGAGUUCCUGUCUGGGCGCUAUGUAUGGAACACCAAGAGUAUUACAAAGUAUUAGUAUUGAAAAAGUCAUACCUGGUUUAGACGCCUUAGGACAUGGGCGAGGGCCUAAUAAAGUGCCCAUUUACUCCAUGAUCGUAGUAGCAGUAGUGACCGUUACAUUCAUCAUCAUUGGCGACAUCAAUAAACUUGCACCAAUUGUUACCAUGCCCUUCCUGAUCACAUAUGCUAGUAUUGAUUAUUCUUACUUUGCUCUCGCUCAAACAUUUGAUUUACAACACAGACGUGAAAUGAGAUUUCAGGGUCAUUCACAAAGGGACACCCAGGUUUAUGGCGCAACUGGAAGUGAUUUGGAUUUAUUGUUUCCUGAAAGAAUCCGCCAUAAAACAGUUGGCGAUUUCACGCCUUCACCGACUGAUUCCGCAAUCAUGAAUGGACGUGCGUCAAAUGGCGAUGUGCGUCCUGCUGUAAAUGUGCAUUCGAAAAAUAAAAACUGGUAUUCCCACUUGUGUAAUAGGUGGUUAUCUCUUGCUGGUGUGGCAAUAAAAUUGCUAUUGAUGUUGUUAGUGCACUGGAUGUAUGCUCUCGGUUGUUUGUUAAUAUUAUGGCUGCUAUGGCUCUACAUUGGUGCGGCUAAUCCCGCCGUGAAACCUGGUCGUGCAUCCGAAUUCCACUUUUUCCAUUGGUUGAAGAUAUCGUUCUUGCAAGCUAUCGGGAAACGCCCAUUAGAAUAUGAGCAACUGGUAGUCACUCCAGUGCAUGCUGACGUGUCUAUGGAACAAGAAAGACUGAAUGACGAUAAUGAAGACUUCGCGUCUCGCAGACGCUACCACCAAUCCACGGCUCUGCAGACACACCUCGUUAGUGUUGAUAGUUAAAUAUACACUAUCUCUUAUAUUAGGAUUAAGGAAACGAAAACGAUGUGCAUUAAUCUAAAAUUGUUGUGAUAAAUUUUGUGAAUUGAAAUGUGCAGGAAAUGUGUGGCAAUAAGUGACAACGAUUCAUUACCAAUUGUUUUAGAAACUUAAUUUUAAAAAAUAUGUCUGCCUUUCAUUCCAUUUAUAAUAAUUUGACCAAUUAGAUAAUAAUAAAAUGGUCCAAUUGUAUUAUGAUUGGAAAUUAUGUAGGCAUUCCAAAUUCAAAUUCAUUAUUAUUUAAAAUUGGGUUACAAAGAGGUUUAUUUUUUCUAACGAGAUAUUUAUUAUUCUCUCCAUCUACUAAAGGCUCCGGUUUUGGCCAAAUAGCUCACUAAUAGCACUGAAUGUAUUAUUUUGUGUUAAUAUAAAGAGUAUGGACCAUGACUAAUCUAUAAGAAAUGUUCAUUACCUAUUGCUUAUUUACUGGAUAUCCGCGGACUGUAAUUACAGUGUCGCUGCAAGCUGAUAAGCAUUUGCCAAAAGCUAGAAUUAGGUACCUACCUAACAUAAUUUACUCAUAUCCAUUAUUAUGAUACACCUUUAUUCAUAUUUUUACUUCCUGCAUUCUUGACUUUUACUUUCAAGUUAUUAUGUUUAUUCAAGUGAAGAUCCAAUAAUAAUAAUAAAAAAAUCAUUAAAAUCCAUUUAGCCGUUCUUGAGUUAUAAGUGGUCUAACACAUUUUUUUAACAUUUUAU